AUGUCGUCCUCUUCAUCCCCUGCGUCCCCUGCUCGUUAUUCUCAGCCAUGCUUUGCCCCUCUACUUCCAGCCCCGCCGAGCAGCACUCACCAGGAUAUCAAAGAAAGUAUCAGCAAUAAAAUAGCAGACAAUAAGACUGCCACUGUUGGCUGCCGUGAGGUGCCGGAAUCUGCGUACGGCUCAAACUCGGAAGAAGCGCGGGAGAAACACCAGCAAAGAGGGAGACCAGGCUCGCUAUGGGCCCACGGGAUCGCUGCGGUCUCACCCAGGUUUGCUGCUUCUGGUAAAGACAAGCCAUUGGAAUCUUCUCUUCCUUUACUUCCUCUCCACACCAAGCACUCUGAGCAUCGCCCUCGAUGGCUCCGAACGCCUACCCGAUCCUGCUGUCUUUUAUAUAGCGUGGUGGCUUUCCUCACCAUGUUGGGUAUUUUCCAGUUUCUUUCGCUGGCUUGCGGUAUCGUGAUCUCGUUCUUCCCUGACGAGAUCGAUCGAGUAGCGGAUCACUGGCGACAGCCUCAAAGCGCUGACCCAUCGGACAUCACUCGCUGGCCUACGGACAUUUCACGGGAUGUUUUCCCGGUUUCCUGCCAUUCACAUAAUGAUUAUUGGCGCCGUGUGCCUCUUUAUUCUGCUCUUGAGGCCGGGUGUACAGGUGUGGAGGCAGAUGUCUGGCUUUUCGACGACGAUCUCUUUGUCGGCCAUACUCGCUCAGCUCUUACGCCAAGCCGUACAUUGCGAAACAUGUACAUUGAUCCAUUACUGAGCAUACUGCGCAGACAGAAUCCCAUUACCCACUUCCAUCCGGAUAUCGAUCAACCUCGGAAUGGGGUUUUCGACACCGAUCCUUCACAGACAUUAAUCCUCCUCAUUGACUUCAAAACAGAAGGUGAGGAGACUUGGGACUAUGUUUACGCACAGUUGACGCCGCUCCGCGAAAGUGGCUACUUGACCUACUACAACGGUAGCGACGUUAUCAACGGCCCCAUUACCGUUGUUGGCACGGGAAAUGCCCCUUUCAAUAAAAUCGCGGCAAGUACCACUUAUCGUGACAUUUUCUUUGAUGCGCCGCUCGACCAAGUAGUGGAGAAUGUCGACCGGAUCGAGACCCAAGAGCGUCUGGAAGAACGGGCUGAUAAUGCGGGUGUGGGCUUGUUGGGAGACUCUAAUGGGGACAUUGAACCCGAUAUCUUCAACACAACUAACAGCUAUUAUGCUUCGGUCUCCUUUAAGAAAGCCGUUGGUAUCCCAUGGAUGCUGCGCCUUACAGACCGCCAAGUGCAAACAAUCAGAUCCCAAAUCAGGGCUGCUCACCGUCAAGGCCUCAAGGUCCGAUACUGGGGAACACCAUCCUGGCCACGGAGUCUGCGAAACCAUGUAUGGCGCGUUUUAGCCCGCGAAGGCGUCGAUUUGCUCAACGUGGACGAUCUCGUGAGCGCAACAAAGAAAGAAUGGACGCCCAGCAUUUUUGACUGGUGGCAAUAA